AAAACUCAAAACACUGAAACAAAAUCAAUCUGAAGAAGAGGAAGACGAACAAGAAGUAAAGGAAGAACAAUCGUCAAUGGCUUCCGCAACAGCGACGCCGUCGUCGCCUUGCCAUGUCUCCUCGCCAGUAAUAUCCCGCUCUCUCUCUCGUCUCUCUCCAUUUCACCUCUCCGUCUCAUCCGCCGUCCAUCCGCCAUGCCGUGGAAACAGAAGGCACUACGGCGGUGUUUCUACAGUCCGGUGCGCGGCUGUCGGAGCGGCGAAAGAAGCGGAAACAAAAAGGAAAGGCACGUUCCAGAUCGAGACGUUGACGAAUUGGCUGCUGAAGCAAGAACAGGCCGGAGUGAUCGACGCGGAACUGACGAUUGUGCUUUCGAGCAUUUCGAUGGCGUGUAAGCAAAUCGCUUCGCUGGUGCAGAGGGCGAGCAUUUCGAACUUGACCGGAGUUCAGGGAGCCGUCAAUGUUCAGGGAGAGGACCAGAAAAAGCUCGACGUUGUCUCCAAUGAGGUGUUCUCCAAUUGCUUGAGAUCAAGCGGGCGAACAGGGAUUAUAGCAUCGGAGGAAGAAGAUGUUCCGGUGGCUGUAGAAGAGAGCUACUCCGGCAACUACAUCGUUGUUUUCGACCCACUUGAUGGCUCCUCCAACAUCGACGCCGCUGUCUCAACCGGUUCUAUCUUCGGCAUCUACAGCCCAAACGACGAAUGCUUGGCCGACAUCGGCGACGAUUCCACUGAGCAGCUAGGCACAACAGAACAGAGAUGCGUUGUGAAUGUGUGUCAACCAGGAAGCAACCUGCUCGCCGCCGGCUAUUGCAUGUACUCAAGCUCCAUAAUCUUCGUUCUCACCAUAGGACAAGGCGUUUUUGCGUUUACUUUAGACCCCAUGUAUGGAGAAUUUGUGCUGACACAAGAGGACAUCAAAAUUCCCAAGGCUGGGAAGAUUUAUGCCUUUAAUGAAGGGAAUUAUCAAUUGUGGGAUGAUAAGUUGAAGAAGUACAUUGAUGAUUUGAAGGAUCCAGGCCCCAGUGGAAAGCCAUACUCUGCUAGAUAUAUUGGUAGUUUGGUGGGUGAUUUCCAUAGAACCCUGCUUUAUGGUGGCAUUUAUGGGUAUCCCAGAGACAAGAAGAGCAAGAAUGGGAAGCUGAGGCUCUUAUACGAGUGUGCACCGAUGAGUUUCAUAGUGGAACAAGCUGGAGGCAAAGGCUCAGAUGGCCAUCAAAGAAUUCUUGAUAUACAACCAACAGAGAUCCAUCAACGUGUGCCUCUGUAUAUUGGAAGCGUGGAAGAAGUGGAGAAAGUGGAGAAAUAUUUAGCUUGAUUGAUACACGUGGAAGACAAGAUAAUGGGAUUUUGGUUGAUUGGGGAUGAAGGAAGAAGGUAUAUCAGUUGUAUUCUAUCCUUGUAAAGUUUAUUUCAAUGUGCUGAAUAAAAAUUUGAGGCCUUGUGCAGUUUAUAUUUGCUCCAUGGCUAAUUCAUAUGUGAAAAAAAGAAAAUGAAUUCAAUAGCUCGUUUGUUGUGUGUUGUGACAAUAGAAAGGGAUUAGAAAAUGAGAGUGAAGGUUUAGGUCCCUCCCUGUCGAGUUAGACUAUAACUAUGUAUAAAUUGAGAAUGGAUUUUUUUUUACCUUUUAAGUGAAA